AUGCCGCUGUAUAAGACCUUAUAUCCAUUAUUUCGAUCGUUGACUUUCCAGCGCUCUCUUUCACCGCGGACAGAGCUCACCAACCUUCUUCUCCAACUCUGCGAGAGUGAAUGCAAUGCGACACUCUAUUUCAAUAUCAUGAUACAAACCAAAUCCGGAAACAUGCCAACCCCCGCCAUGCACUACCGCCUCGCGACCCCCUCCGACGCCCCCCAAAUCCAACACCUAGUCCAAUCCGCCUUCCGCGCCCCAGACACAAGACCAAACUGGACCGGCGACACAGCUCUCGCCUCAGCCUUCCGCAUCGACACUGCGGAGAUCCUAUCCAAGAUCACCACGCCGGACAGCGCAUUCCUCCUCGCGACCGACCCCACCGGCGCGCUGAUCGCCUGCAUCGGAGUCUCCAGGUGCACCGCUAACGACAACCUCGCUCGCUUCUUCCUGCUCGCUGUCGAUGAAGCGUACCAGCGCUUUGGGAUCGGGCGGAAGAUCCUCGCUUACGCGGAGGAGUAUGCUCAUAGGGAAUGGGGAGUUAGACGGGGAGGGCUGAAUGCGCUUUCGACGCGUGAGGAGUUGAUAUUGUGGUAUCUGCGGUGUGGGUAUCAGCUCACCGGGGAGGUGACGCCGUUUCCGUUUGAGAGGUUUGCGGGUAUGGAGUUGCCUGAGAAUUUGUGUUUUCUGGAGAUGGAGAAGGCGUUGGUUGCGAUGUAA